AAAGUCUAUCAAUACAGUGAACAUUUGGAAAAACACCAGCAAAAAAAUUAAAUCGUAAACCUAAAACACAAACAGAAAUAUUGUGCGUACAAUUUCACAAAUAUCAGAGUUUAAAAUUCGUCCCCAUGUUGAAUUAACCUCCCCUGUAAAUGAGCUGUAAUUUGUUGUUGCUGUAUUUCAACACCUUCCGCCCCAAAGACGCAGCAGACGGCGACGUUUCCUCAUUCCAGGUAAAGUCCGUCUCCUUUGUGUGACUUCAUCCCGUCUGACCUUCAGUAUCUGUGAUGCUUAGCGGACAAAGAGGGAAGGAGUGGAGUCUCUUCAAGCAUAAAGCCGUUUGUUUCCAACAACAUCCAGUCUGUGCAUAGAGGCAUUGAUUCAGUCAACAUGUUGUCCUCUGUGCUGCUGCUGCUGCUGAUCAGCGGCUCACAGGCUGAUUAUUAUGGCUUCGUCUACAGCUACUCCACCAAAGACCUCCAGGCGGGUGGAUUCCCGACCGUGGCUCGCUACCUGUACAGCUUCAGCACGUGUGCAGAGGUUGAUGCUCAGGUUUGUGGGAACAGCUGCAGUUUUUCUGGGAUAAUCUUGAACAAAAUCCAGGAAAUCAGUGGCGAAUGGUGUCAGAAGGAAAGGCUGGUCACCAGUGUGAACAAUGGGAGCCAGCUGAGUCAGUUUGGGUUUUCCGGUGGAAACUGGACAGACAACAGGAACGGGAUUGUCUCGUUCAGAGUCCAAAUGCAGGAUGAGACAGCAAUCCGCUCCGAUACCGGCAGACCCAACACAUCUCCACUGACCACAGUCCUUCCUGUUCUCAGAGUUCCUUCCAACUGUCAGAGAAACAUCAGCUUGUUGGCAUUUGACCCAGACGGAGAUGAAAUAAGAUGCAGAGACGCACAAAAUGCAUCCGAGUGUGACGUCUGCACACCGGCACCUGUCCUCAACCUCUCAUCCUCGUGUGCUCUGAGCUUCAGCCCCACCAGCAGCAGUAAUGAAGGCUCGUACGCUGUGCAGCUCAUGAUGGAGGACGUUGCUGGACAGACCAUCACCUUGACUCAAGCAAACGGUGGAACGUCACAGAGGCACGCAGGAGACGUCCUCAACAAGAUACCCGUCCAGUUUGUUUUCAAAGUUGAUCCUGUUGCACCGUCCUGCUCUGAAGGCGUCUAUCUGCCCAGAUUCCUGCCUCCAACUCCAGACAACGGGGCAAAACUCAGCGCCUCUGUCAAUCAGACCCUGGAAAUCAGUGUCAGGGCCGAGGCAACGCAGUCUGAGAUCACCGACCUUCUGUUCAGCGGCCCACACAACGUGAYCAGGAGCGAAUCAGGGCCAGGAGCCUUCACCCUGACAUGGACGCCGUCUGACCUCGAAGGAGGACUGAGCCAUCCCAUCUGUUUCGUCGUCCGGGCAAAACCUUGA